UGGAAGCAUGCAUGUACUCCUCUUUUUUUUACAUUCAAGGUUUGGUUUUUUUUUCUUAUUUCCGUCGUGUGAGAUUUAUUACUAUCCUUGUGCCACUUUGUUUCCCUUUUUUCAUUUCUCGUGAAUUGAGGGCGCACGUUCUGCUGCGUGACGGUUCACAACCAACAUCAACCGCCGCUGACAAGUGGCCAUUCAUUGGUGGUGAUAAUCUGUCUUUCGUUAACCCUCCGUCUCGGUCCCGAACAAAACCACCCGCAUCCGAAAGGGUCAAACGCCUCUGCAGAUCGAGAAAACGAUUGAUCUGUUUCGGAUUUGGAUUGCAUCCUUCAUUUUUUAUUUGCCUUUGGAUUCUCCGAACUUUGCGCUACCCACUGCUUGACUGUUGAGGGUAUUUGUUCAAUCGAAAAGGAAUUCUGAAAAAAAGUGCAUAGCUAUUUUGGGUUUAGUUUGUAUUCUAUUGAGAUGUUACCGUCGGCGUUAUUGGCGGCAUGCUUGGCCCCGACGGCCUGGGCCCAGUUUACGCGAGUUGAUUAUACCGGGAGGAAACACUCGUCUGUGGCGGUCGUUGACGAAUAUCUGUUUGUCCACGGAGGAGAGCCGCAAGGCAUAAACGACACUUCAACAUUUGAGACGACGAUACUGUACCUCAAGGACUCGUGGCCGACCAGCAGCCCCACCCAGGCGCCGAUAAACUGGCAAGAGGCCAACGGGACCCGGACCACGGUGCGGCGGAUGCUCGGCUACCGGGUCUGGGGCUACAAGCUCUGGACGGUGACGGGGUCCAACUCCCUCCUCAGCUGGGGCGGCUUCCGGACCUCGUCGCAGACCUCUGGCACGUUUGACGCCGGCGCCACCCUCAACCGCAACAUCUGGAGCCUCGAGUCCGACGCCGAAGGCAUCGCCAGGUGGCAGCAGCAGUCCCGGCCCUCGGGCGACGAGUUCACGGCCGACAAGAAGGCGGGGCAGUGGGGGCCCGGAUGGGGCUACAGCGUCUCGGCGUUCAGGCGCGAGGAGGUCCCGGCGUCGGUCGCCUCGGGGGCCAUGGCCGGCGGGCAGGCGGUUUGCAUCCCGCACCUGGGGAAGAAGGGCCUGGUGGCGUUUAUGGGUGGGUACAGCGCGCCGGACUUCACCGAGCUGAGGAGCUUGAAGACCGGUGGCGGGUCGACGGCGGUCACCUUUGAUCACCUCAUCUUUUACGACCCGGUCGAUAGGAAGUGGGCGACGCAAAAGGCCACGGGGGACAUUCCAGAGGCGAGGUCGAGCUUUUGCGCGGUUGGGGUCAAGGGGAAGGGUGAUAAUUUCGAGGUCUUCGUCAGCGGCGGCGACCUCUCCCCGGACCAGGGCAAAGACACUGCAACCAUCUACAUGCUCUCGAUCCCGGCCAUGAACUGGUGGCGCAUCUCGCAGCUCGGCACGCCCAUCUCGGGCCACGCGUGCGACGUCAUUGGCAAGCGGCACAUGGUCCAGGUCGGCGGCAGCCCCCCGCCCAGGAGGAACGGAGAGACCAGCACGCCCGCCGGGAGCGGCGUCACCCUGUUCGACAUGACCAACCUCAAGUCGGUGAGCCAGUUCGACCCGGCGGCGGCAGACUACGAGACGCCGAGUCUCGCGCAGACGUGGUACGCCGACGCAAACAACCUCAAGGGGGUCGAGUGGACUGAUGCUGCGACGCAGGCGUUGUUGACUGGGAAAUCGAACAACGGCACCCAGGACGGUCAAGGCCAGGGCCAAAACGGUUCGGGAUCCGACGGGCCAUCGGCAGCCAUCAUCGCCGGCGCGGUCGUCGGCGCCCUUGUGGUAAUCGCCAUUGUCGCGCUGGGGAUCUUUUGCCUUCUGCGACGGCGCCGGCAGCGUCGCGCCGAGCAAGACGGUCUCCUCAGCGGCAACGAGGCUGCGGCGGCGGCGGCGUACUCGGACAACGCCGGAGUGGGGGUAGGACUCAAAAAGGCCGAGCUGGACGCGGCGGGCCCCGUCAAGGCGGAGAUGGACGCGACGUCAGCCGUUGCGAGCCCAGAGCUCGAUGGAGCCACCCUCGCGCGGUCGGAGCUGGACAGCCGCAUGACCACGCCCGUCGUCAGCAGCAUAGCGCCGUCGGAACUAGGGUCGUGGCCGAGGCACCAGGUGGCGGAGCUUUAUGGAAGCCCCAUCCCGGAGAUGGAUGCGACGCCAGCGGCGGUUAGGGGAGAGCAGCCGGGGGAUGGGCAAAAGGCGAUAAUAGAUAAGUAAGCCGAGGGUAUCGUGGAACAGACUACUAUUCCGUAUGAGGCUACUUUUACUGCAUAUUAGGUGACGUUGUAUAUCAUGUCCGUCAGCAUAACAAGCGAGCGUUUUGUAUUGUAUAUCUAUAUAUAUAGUCAUCAUUCGUGUUUAAUUGACUACGAAAUAACCGUCUCUGA